AUGUGUUCCUCCCACUCGGAAAGGCCCGGUUCAAAUCGCAAUGGGGUUGACCUGCCACUCGCCUCACCCGGUGUUGAGUCCGCCGACGAGGGCUCAACAGGCUUUGCACACCACGGGCUCUUGGACGAUUCUCAGGAAAGCGCGACCGCCAUCCUGCCCCGCGAUCUCCAGCAGAAGACCGCCACUUAUGAUUAUGCCUUUGAGAAGUCUCUGAGUCACGCCGAAGCCAAAUUGUUCUAUCAGCACCACCAAUUGGCGGCCAAGGGAGACUCACCCGCCAGUCCGAUCUUCAUGGGACGUCCAUCCGUGGAUUCCACGGACCUGAAGUCGAUGGCCGGACUGGGAACGAGUCCCCUCUCGCAAAGCCAAGUGACAUCCUCCAUGGGCCAUGAGUCGGAUUGGCAUCUGGGGCCUGCCAUGCAGCAGGAUCAGAUCAAUGGGUCCCCGCUUCAAAUGCAGAACAGCCAGUUGACCGCAGAGCUGUCGGCACGCAACCAUGCCAUGCCCAUUGGAGGCGCCCACACGUCUUCGCAGACCUCGCACCAGACGGCAAAUACCACCCCGGAAGGUGUCCAUGGAUUAGGGCUGGGAAUGGGAUUACCCCAAAGUGCCGCUGCAUUCGUUCCGGGUGGGGACGCAGUCACCUCCGAGCUGAGCGCCAUCUACCGCAAGAUCAAGGAUUUGCUUGAUCGACGCUCCAAGUACAUGGCACUAUCACUCCAACGACCUGAGGAUGACCCGCGGAACAAGCCGGAGUGGCAGAUCUAUCCUCCUCCUCCCGAACCAGCCUGGCAUGAGGGCAAAGAGUAUGAGCCUGGAAAUGUUGGUGGGCCAUCGGAUCUGGCGGGAGGAAAGAGGCGAAAGAUGGGAGAAGACAUUGGCGAAGACUUCGAUGUGGCUGCCCUGGAGCCCGUGCCGGGGCCGGCCUCGUGGACCUACCGCUUGGACGGGAACAGUGUCUACCAGGUCUAUGAAUCUGACGCAGCUGCAGAUGAGGACAAGCCGGCGGUGCAUAUUCCAUCUCUGCGCGAUUUUUACAUGGAUCUGGAUGCUGUGGUCGACGUCUCCACAGAUGGCCCUACCAAAAGUUUCGCGUUCAAGCGGCUGUCCUAUUUGGAGGGCAAAUUCCAGCUGUAUGCGCUGCUCAACGAAUAUCAGGAGAUCGCAGACAGUAAGAAGGUUCCCCACAGAGACUUUUACAACGUGCGAAAGGUCGACACCCACGUGCAUCACUCGGCGUGUAUGAACCAGAAACAUCUGCUCCGUUUCAUCAAGAGCAAGAUGCGAAAGUCGCCUGAUGAAGUCGUGCUCUAUCGAGACGGAAAGCAUUUGACUCUGCGGGAGGUCUUUGAAAGUAUCAACUUAACUGCCUAUGACCUGAGUAUUGACACUCUCGAUAUGCACGCACACACGGACUCUUUUCACCGCUUUGACAAGUUCAACUUGAAGUACAACCCCGUUGGCGAGUCCCGUCUUCGUGAGAUCUUCUUGAAGACCGACAACUACAUCAAGGGCCGGUACUUGGCAGAGAUCACCAAGGAAGUCAUUUCCGAUUUGGAAUCCAGCAAGUAUCAGAUGGUUGAAUGGCGAAUCUCCAUCUAUGGUCGAUCUAUUCAGGAGUGGGACAAGCUUGCUGCCUGGGUGGUAGACAACAAGUUGUUCUCCCCGAACGUCCGAUGGCUGAUUCAGGUCCCUCGCCUGUACGACGUGUAUAAGUCAAGCGGCAUGAUGGAGAACUUUGAACAAGUCAUCACAAAUGUCUUCCAGCCAUUGUUCGAGGUGACAAGGGAUCCCUCGAGCCACCCCAAGCUGCACAUUUUCCUGCAGCGAGUGGUCGGCUUCGACAGUGUCGAUGACGAGAGCAAGGCCGAACGUCGUUUCUAUCGCAAGUAUCCCAUCCCUCGCGACUGGAACACCAAGCAGAAUCCUCCUUACAGCUAUUGGAUCUACUUCAUGUUUGCCAACAUUUCCUCUCUCAACAACUGGCGACAGCGCCGGGGCUUCAACACGUUCGUGCUUCGACCGCACUGUGGUGAGGCCGGCGAUCCCGAUCAUCUCGCGGUAGGCUUCUUGGCUUGCCACAGCAUCAGUCACGGUAUUCUGCUACGCAAGGUCCCCCUCCUCCAGUAUCUGUAUUAUCUGGAUCAAAUAGGUAUCGCCAUGUCUCCCCUCAGCAAUAACGCGCUCUUCUUAACAUACGACAAGAAUCCAUGCGCGAGUUUCUUCAAGCGAGGUCUCAAUGUGUCAUUGUCCACGGAUGAUCCAUUACAGUUUGCAUUCACGAAGGAACCUUUGAUCGAGGAAUACUCCGUCGCUGCUCAGAUCUACAAGUUCAGCGCAGUCGACAUGUGCGAGCUUGCCAAGCACUCUGUGGAUCAAAGUGGAUUUGAACUCUCCCUGAAGAAGAGAUGGCUGGGCUCGAACUGCGGUCUCCCGGGCGUGGCUGGUAACAACGUGGCCAAGAGCAAUGUUCCUGAUAUUCGAGAGGCUUUCCGACAGGAGACUCUUCAGGCAGAGCUGUCCUUAAUUGAUCGAUACGCGAGGGGCUCAGCAUCCGAAGAGCAACAUGCUUUGGCUCCUGGUCUCCUUCACACGGUCAACCAGGCAGCCAUCAAGACCAACCAGUCGCCAUCGUUCAAGAACACCAACAAGGCCUAA